AUGGAUACAAACUUGCUUCCAGAAUUAUGUGUCUACACGUGGGUAAGUUUCAUUCUCAACAAAAUGUCGAUAUCGUGACAUGACGUUAACUAGCUAAUAACUUCCAGUUCGUUGCUGUACAUCUGUCAAGCACAUACAGAUGAGCUCUGUCUGGAUAGCAAAACAUAUGUUAGCCACAGCUAACGUUAGCGAGCAAGCUUGUCAAUAAAGCUUCUAUAACCUACUCGGCAGUGACAGUAGUAGUACUGAUAGAUUCAUUGUUUUGACAAGCUACGUAUAUGAACACAAUCUACUGAUUUAAGUGGGAACUGCGUCUCAAAAACACUGUCAUCAAUACCUAAUCAAUGAAACAUUGCAGGGAGCAAACAGCUACGGCCAGUUGGGACUGGGGAAUGUGGAAGACCUGUCAGUGGCCAAACUCGCCCUAAAUACGCUACAGACCGGGGCGGUGCGGCUACUCAGCGGAGGCGGUGGGCAUUCGGCUGUUGUGUCUGGUGAGUGUGGCCAUUUGUCAUUGCAUCUGUGCUCUACGGGAUCCUUGGUACGUCCACACCCGUCCAAUUUUAGUUGAAAAUGGUUAGGUAAGGGUUAAGGUUAGGGUGUGGACGUCCCAAUGAUCCCGGAUAGCACUGACUGUGCUCGGGGAGAGCAUUCUGUUGUAAUGAAAGAAGUAAUCUAAAUCGUAUCUCCAAAGUGUAUACUAUGUCUCCCUCUCCUGGACAUAUGUGUUUGGCGUCUCCUUUUGUUGUAUAAAGUCAAUACAGCUCUGUAAAUAACUGUUUUCUGCUUAUGCAGAGACUCCAGCCACCCUAGUCAUAGACUGUUCUCUCUGCUACCGCACGGCAAGCGGUACCAGAGUGCCAAGUCUAGGUCCAAAAGACUUCUCAACAGCUUCUACCCCUAAGCCAUAAGACUCCUGAACAGCUAAUCAUGGCUACCCGGACUAUUUGCACUGCAAACUAUUUGCACCCAUCCUUUUUACGCUGCUGCUACUCUAUUAAUUAUUUAUGCAUAGUCACUUUAACUCUACCCACAUGUACAUAUUACCUCAACUACCUCAACUAGCCGGUGCCCCCGCACAUUGACUCUGCAACGGUACCCCCCUGUAUAUAUAGCCUCCCUACUGUCACUUUAUUUUACUUCUGCUCUUUUUUUUCUCAACACUUUUUUUUGUUGUUGUUUUAUUUUUAAAAUAAAUGCACUGUUGGUUAAGGGCUGUAAGUAAGCAUUUCACUGUAAUGUCUGCACCUGUUGUAUUCGGCGCAUGUGACCAAUACAAUUUGAUUUGAUUUGGUAUACAUUUAACUAGCUAACUACUUCUCCUCCUUUUUCUCCUCCUCCUUCUCCUCUUCCUCCUUCUUUCUCCAGAGGAAGGGGAGCUGCUGGUGUGUGGUCAGAAUCACAAAGGUCAGCUGGGACUGGGUCACAGUUCCGAGGUCACUACCUUUCAACUCUGUCCUCUCAUUGGUCAGAGGGCUGCACACGUGUCCUGUGGCUGGGACUUCACACUCGUCCUCACUGGUGAGUGGAAGAGAAUGUACAGUAGAGAAUUCAGGGUAGUCACAACUCGGACCUGAACCUGGAUCCCUGGGACUGUUAAUCCCACACCUUUACCAAGCCAUUACAUCAAGAGAUCUGAAUCUCUUGACGAGGUCUCUAGGUGCUGAGAGGUCUCUAGGUGUUGAGAGGUCUCUAGGUGUUGAGAGGUCUCUAGGUGUUGAGAGGUCUCUAGGUGUUGAGAGGUCUCUAGGUGUUGAGAGGUCUCUAGGUGCUGAGAGGUCUCUAGGUGCUGAGAGGUCUCUAGGUGCUGAGAGGUCUCUAGGUGCUGAGAGGUCUCUAGGUGUUGAAGGAAGUAUCUAGGUGUUGAAGGAAGUCUCUAGGUGUUGAAGGAAGUCUCUAGGUGUUGAAGAAAGUCUCUAGGUGUUGAAGGAAGUCUCUAGGUGUUGAAGAAAGUCUCUAGGUGUUGAAGGAAGUCUCUAGUUGUUGAAGUCUCUAGGUGUUGUGAGGUCUCUAGGUGUUGUGAGGUCUCUAGGUGUUGUGCGGUCUCUAGGUGUUGAAGGAAGUCUCUAGGUGUUGAAGGAAGUCUCUAGGUGUUGAAGGAAGUCUCUAGGUGUUGAAGGAAGUCUCUAGGUGUUGAAGGAAAUCUCUAGGUGUUGAAGUAUCUAGGUGUUGAAGUCUCUAGGUGUUGAAGUCUCUAGGUGUUGAAGUCUCUAGGUGUUGAAGUCUCUAGGUGUUGAAGUCUCUAGGUGUUGAGAGGUCUCUAGGUGUUGAUGUAAGUCUCUAGGUGUUGAUGUAAGUCUCUAGGUGUUGAAGGAAGUCUCUAGGUGUUGAAGGAAGUCUCUAGGUGUUGAAGGAAGUCUCUAGGUGUUGAAGUAUCUAGGUAUUGAGGUCUCUAGGUAUUGAGAGGUCUCUAGGUGUUGAAGUAUCUAGGUGUUGUGAGGUCUCUAGGUGUUGAGAGGUCUCUAGGUGUUGUGUGGUCUCUAGGUGUUGUGACGUCUCUAGGUGCUGAGAGGUCUCUAGGUGCUGAGAGGUCUCUAGGUGCUGAGAGGUCUCUAGGUGCUGAGAGGUCUCUAGGUGCUGAGAGGUCUCUAGGUGCUGAGAGGUCUCUAGGUGCUGAGAGGUCUCUAGGUGCUGAGAGGUCUCUAGGUGCUGAGAGGUCUCUAGGUGCUGAGAGGUCUCUAGGUGCUGAGAGGUCUCUAGUUGUUGAAGGAAGUCUCUAGGUGUUGAAGGAAGUCUCUAGGUGUUGAAGGAAAUCUCUAGGUGUUAAGUAUCUAGGUGUUGAAGUCUCUAGGUGUUGAAGUCUCUAGGUGUUGAAGUCUCUAGGUGUUGAAGUCUCUAGGUGUUGAAGUCUCUAGGUGUUGAAGUCUCUAGGUGCUGAGAGGUCUCUAGGUGUUGAUGUAAGUCUCUAGGUGUUGAAGGAAGUCUCUAGGUGUUGAGGUCUCUAGGUGUUGAGAGGUCUCUAGGUGUUGAGAGGUCUCUAGGUGUUGUGAGGUCUCUAGGUGCUGAGAGGUCUCUAGGUGCUGAGAGGUCUCUAGGUGCUGAGAGGUCUCUAGGUGCUGAGAGGUCUCUAGGUGCUGAGAGGUCUCUAGGUGCUGAGAGGUCUCUAGGUGUUGAGAGGUCUCUAGGUGUUGAGAGGUCUCUAGGUGUUGAGAGGUCUCUAGGUGUUGAGAGGUCUCUAGGUGUUGAGAGGUCUCUAGGUGCUGAGAGGUCUCUAGGUGCUGAGAGGUCUCUAGGUGCUGAGAGGUCUCUAGGCGCUGAGAGGUAUCUAGGUGUUGUAAUACAGGAAGUCCAUAACUCGUUUAGAAGUGAUAGUGACACAUUAUUUUAUUUAUUUCAUAUAUCGGUAGACUGUACUGAAAAGGUUCAAGCUUUUUUGCUGUUCUGCUUGUAGUUUGUAAAGUCAGUUUCCUCUCUCUCUCAGAUCGUGGCCAGGUCCUGACAUGUGGAUCUAAUGCAUACGGCCAGCUGGGAGUCUCAGAGCACGUCACACACUCUGCACAGCUGCUGACCAUUAAGGUAGCAAAUAGGAGUAGGGGUUACCUAUUGUCAUGUUAUCUUUUUUUUUUUUUUUUUUUACAUAUCUGUGUAAGUGUUGGAUGGGAUUUAGGGGAUGUUGGUUUUAGUAGGUUGUGUAUAGCCUCAUAUGGGAUUUAGGGGAUGAUGUGUAUAGCCUCAUAUGGGAUUUAGUGGAUGAUGUGUAUAGCCUAAUAUGGGAUUUAGUGGAUGAUGUGUAUAGCCUCAUAUGGGAUUUAGUGGAUGAUGUGUAUAGCCUAAUAUGGGAUUUAGUGGAUGAUGUGUAUAGCCUCAUAUGGGAUUUAGGGGAUGAUGUGUAUAGCCUAAUAUGGGAUUUAGUGGAUGAUGUGUAUAGCCUCAUAUGGGAUUUAGGGGAUGAUGUGUAUAGCCUCAUAUGGGAUUUAGUGGAUGAUGUGUAUAGCCUAAUAUGGGAUUUAGUGGAUGAUGUGUAUAGCCUCAUAUGGGAUUUAGGGGAUGAUGUGUAUAGCCUCAUAUGGGAUUUAGUGGAUGAUGUGUAUAGCCUAAUAUGGGAUUUAGGGGAUGAUGUGUAUAGCCUCAUAUGGGAUUUAGUGGAUGAUGUGUAUAGCCUCAUAUGGGAUUUAGGGGAUGAUGUGUAUAGCCUAAUAUGGGAUUUAGUGGAUGAUGUGUAUAGCCUCAUAUGGGAUUUAGUGGAUGAUGUGUAUAGCCUCAUAUGGGAUUUAGUGGAUGAUGUGUAUAGCCUAAUAUGGGAUUUAGGGGAUGAUGUGUAUAGCCUCAUAUGGGAUUUAGUGGAUGAUGUGUAUAGCCUAAUAUGGGAUUUAGUGGAUGAUGUGUAUAGCCUCAUAUGGGAUUUAGUGGAUGAUGUGUAUAGCCUCAUAUGGGAUUUAGGGGAUGAUGUGUAUAGCCUCAUAUGGGAUUUAGUGGAUGAUGUGUAUAGCCUAAUAUGGGAUUUAGGGGAUGAUGUGUAUAGCCUCAUAUGGGAUUUAGUGGAUGAUGUGUAUAGCCUCAUAUGGGAUUUAGGGGAUGAUGUGUAUAGCCUAAUAUGGGAUUUAGUGGAUGAUGUGUAUAGCCUCAUAUGGGAUUUAGUGGAUGAUGUGUAUAGCCUCAUAUGGAAUUUAGUGGAUGAUGUGUAUAGCCUAAUAUGGGAUUUAGGGGAUGAUGUGUAUAGCCUCAUAUGGGAUUUAGUGGAUGAUGUGUAUAGCCUAAUAUGGGAUUUAGUGGAUGAUGUGUAUAGCCUCAUAUGGGAUUUAGGGGAUGAUGUGUAUAGCCUCAUAUGGGAUUUAGGGGAUGAUGUGUAUAGCCUAAUAUGUGAUUUAGGGGAUGAUGUGUAUAGCCUCAUAUGGGAUUUAGUGGAUAAUGUGUAUAGCCUAAUAUGGGAUUUAGGGGAUGAUGUGUAUAGCCUAAUAUGGGAUUUAGGGGAUGAUGUGUAUAGCCUAAUAUGGGAUUUAGGGGAUGAUGUGUAUAGCCUCAUAUGGGAUUUAGGGGAUGAUGUGUAUAGCCUAAUAUGGGAUUGUCCUCCCUAGAUGCUGAUGGAGCCUGUGAUCAGUGUUGCAGCAGGGCUCAGACACUCACUAGCUGUCACUGGUAAGACAUGCCUUUGUUAGACUCAUUCUGGUCCUUAUCGCUGUGGUAAUAACAUGACUAUAUACAGGAAGUACCAGGUAAUAACAUGGCUAUAUACAGGGAGUACCAGGUAAUAACAUGACUAUAUACAGGAAGUACCAGGUAAUAACAUGGCUAUAUACAAGAAGUACCAGGUAAUAACAUGGCUAUAUACAGGAAGUACCAGGUAAUAACAUGGCUAUAUACAGGAAGUACCAGGUAAUAACAUGGCUAUAUACAGGAAGUACCAGGUAAUAACAUGGCUAUAUACAGGAAGUACCAGGUAAUAACAUGGCUAUAUACAGGGAGUACCAGGUAAUAACAUGGCUAUAUACAGGGAGUACCAGGUAAUAACAUGGCUAUAUACAGGAAGUACCAGGUAAUAACAUGGCUAUAUACAGGAAGUACCAUGUAAUAACAUGGCUAUAUACAGGAAGUACCAGGUAAUAACAUGGCUAUAUACAGGAAGUACCAGGUAAUAACAUGGCUAUAUACAGGAAGUACCAGGUAAUAACAUGGCUAUGUACAGGGAGUACCCGUACCGAGUCGAUGGGUACAAGGUAAUUGAGGUAGAUAUGUACAUAUAGGUAGGGACAAAGUGACUAGGCAACAGGAUAGAUAAUAAACAGUAGCAGCAGCAUGCGUGUGUGUGUGGCGUCUGUUUUCACGUGUGCUCGUGUUCUGUGUGUGUGGGUGUAUGUUGUGUGUGUGUGGGUGUGUGUGGGUGUAUGUUGUGUGUGUGUGGGUGUAUGUUGUGUGUGUGUGGGUGUAUGUUGUGUGUGUGUGUGGGUGUAUGUUGUGUGUGUGUGGUGGGGUGUAUGUUGUGUGUGUGUGGGUGUAUGUUGUGUGUGUGGGUGUAUGUUGUUCUGUGUGUGUGGGUGUAUGUUGUGUGUGUGGGUGGGUGUAUGUUGUGUGUGUGUGGGUGUAUGUUCUGUGUGUGUGGGUGUAUGUUGUGUGUGUGUGGGUGUAUGUUCUGUGUGGGUGUAUGUUGUGUGGGUGUAUGUUCUGUGUGUGUGUGGGUGUAUGUUGUGUGUGUGUGGGUGUGUGUGUGUGGGUGUAUGUUGUGUGUGUUGGGUGUAUUUUGGGUGGGUGUAUGUUGUGUGUGUUGGGAUGUCAGUGUAAGUAUGUGCUAGUGUGUGUGCGUAGAGUCAGUGCAAGAGAGUUAGUGUAAAAAAGGGUCAAUGCAGGCGAUCCAGGUAGCUAUUUAGCAGUCUUGUUUAGCAGUCUUAUGGCUUGGGGGUAGAAGCUGUUCAGGGUCCUGUUGGUUCCAGACGGUACCGGUUGCCGUGCGGUAGCAGAGAGAACAGUCUAUGACUUGGAUGGCUGCUGUCUUUGAAAAUUUUUGGGGCCUCCUCUGACACCGCCUGGUAUAGAGGUCCUGGAUGGCAGAGGUGACCGCCCGUAGAGGUGGGACGGCCAAGAGACCACAGGUGACAGAACGGAGUGCGCGGGUUGGGAUGUAGGGUUUGAGCAGGGCCUGAAGGUAGGGAGGGGAAGUUCGUAGGCAAGUACCAUGGUCUUGUAAUGGAAGCGAGCUUCGACUGGAAGCCAGUGGAGUGUACGGAGGAGCGUGGUGACAUGGAAGAACUUGGAAAGGUUUAACACCAGACGGGCUGCGGCGAUCUGGAUAAGUUGCAGGGGUUUGAUGGCACAAGCGGGGAAUUUUGCGCUGGACCUGCGCUGCUUCCUGUGUGAGGUAGGGUCGUACUCUACGGAUGUUGUAGAGGACGAACCUGCAGGAGCGAGUCACUGUUUGGAUGUUUGCAGAGAACGACAGGGUGUUCUCCAGGGUCACGCCAAGGUUAUUUGCACUCCGGGAGGGGGGACACCGUGGAGUUGUCGACGGUGAUAGAGAGGUCUUGGGAGCGGGCAGGCCUUUCCCGGGAGGAAGAGCAGCUCCGUCCUGUCGAGGUUGAGCUUGAGGUGGUGGGCCAUCAUCCAAGCUGAGAUAUCUUCCAGGCACGCUGAGAGGCGUGUCGCCACCAUAUUUUGUCUGCUAUUUAGUUAGUCAGUGUUUCCUUUUUAGCCCUGAUGUGGCUGUAGCCUCCAUUAUUGUAGACUCCAGGCAGCUACAGCCGUCUGACUACACCAAUGCUUUGAUAUCAGGCACAAUAAACUGUAGUUUAAUGUAAUCUCUUGUCUUUUUGUGUUGUUCUGUCUGCAGGUACAGGUGGUGUGUACCAGUGGGGUAUGGGUCUCUCUGGUCAGGCCAAGAGAGCUCUGAGUCCACAGCCUGUCCCAGCACACUUCACCUCCAGGAUACCAUGUCUGGUCCCAGGUCUGGAUCAGGUGAUGUCACACAGAGUCGCCGCAGGCUCCGCCCACUGUGUGUGCCUCACCGGUGAGUGACACCUCCUUCUACAGCUUUUAUUACACAUUACAACUGGGACUAUGAUUGUGGAGGAAGAAAACACUUUAACAGGACUUCCUGUGUUUUUUUACAUUCUCCCAAAAUCAGUCGUUGGUUUAUUGUUUCCGCAAUGACAAAUCUUAAUGGUUGCAUUCAUUGUAUUGCCUGGCUAGGAGAGUAGUUGGAUAAUGUCAGUGUUUUGUCUUGUGUUAUAGCUGAAGGAGGUGUGUUUAUGUGGGGCAGUAAUAAACACCGCCAGCUGACUGGCACAGAGUUGUUCCUACCCAGACCCGUCCUCUUAGAUCGCUCACUACUGGGUGGAGAGAAGGUUAAACGCAUACGCAGUGGCUGGACACACCUGGUGGCCCAAACAGGUGAGAGAUGAGCCCUGUUCAGUAAGGCGACGCGUUUUUGAAAAUGGUGCAGGGACUAUGUGAAUUUGUCCAACAAGAAAUUGCACAUUUUCGGUAGCAAAAUAUGCAAAUCCGUGUGCCUUUUAAUGAACACGAGUGAAUUUACUUGAUGAUCUCUUUCUGGAAACAUGCUGUAUAUCUGGAAACAUGCUGUAUAUCUGGAAACAUGCUGUAUAUCUGGAAACAUGCUGUAUAUAUGGAAACAUGCUGUAUAUCUGGAAACAUGCUGUAUAUCUGGAAACAUGCUGUAUAUCUGGAAACAUGCUGUAUAUCUGGAAACAUGUUGUAUAUCUGGAAACAUGCUGUAUAUCUGGAGACAUGCUGUAUAUCUGGAGACAUGCUGUAUAUCUGGAGACAUGCUGUAUAUCUGGAAACAUGCUGUAUAUCUGGAAACAUGCUGUAUAUCUGGAAACAUGCUGUAUAUCUGGAGACAUGCUGUAUAUCUGGAAACAUGCUGUAUAUCUGGAAACAUGCUGUAUAUCUGGAAACAUGCUGUAUAUAUGGAAACAUGCUGUAUAUCUGGAGACAUGUGUUGUGGAAAAUAACCACCAUACUUUAUUUACAAAUAAGGUCUUAUAGAGUUUUUGUUGCACCAAGAAAUGACUUUAUUAAAGUUUCUAACAAAGACGAUACUCGUCUGCAGAGGAGCACCCCUUCUUAAGAUCUUUCUCCCACUUAUAUAGUCCUCUUCAGUUUUCCCGCUCUUUUAUUGCUCCGCCCACUUCCUUUGUCCCUGAGGACGGCUGAACUAUUACUCCAUCCAAUCACUGCUCCCCUGUCUUGCACAGUCUCAAUAUGACAAGGCCCUAAAUUCUUGACACAACCUUCCCCCCCAUCAUGCUGUAAUCAAUCAAGAAGAUACCAAGGAGACCAAGGUCUAGCCCAAACUCCAUCCAACCCUGGUGUCGCUCCCUUCACAAUGUUUGAAGAGAGACAAAAGGCAGCCAUGGAUUGAAGUAAGAGCAAGCACUUUGACCCUAGGGUAGUUUCUUCUCUACUCACCCACACACACAGUGAAAUGCCCCAAUAAAAUUCCUAGCCCAGUAACAAACAAAUCUAACUCAAUGUUCGUGAUUAACCCAGUUCUAUCUUCUAAUUAAUUUAAGAAUAUACAUCACAUGCUGUAUAUCUGGAAACAUGCUGUAUAUCUGGAAACAUGCUGUAUAUCUGGAGACAUGCUGUAUAUCUGGAAACAUGCUGUAUAUCUGGAAAGAUGCUGUAUAUCUGGAGACAUGCUGUAUAUCUGGAAACAUGCUGUAUAUCUGGAAACAUGCUGUAUAUCUGGAAACAUGUUGUACAGUGGGGGAAAAAAGUAUUUAGUCAGCCACCAAUUGUGCAAGUUCUCCCACUUAAAAAGAUGAGAGAGGCCUGUAAUUUUCAUCAUAGGUACACGUCAACUAUGACAGACACAUUGAGAGAAAAAAAUCCAGAAAAUCACACUGUAGGAUUUUUUAUGAAUUUAUUUGCAAAUUAUGGUGGAAAAUAAGUAUUUGGUCACCUACAAACAAGCAAGAUUUCUGGCUCUCACAGACCUGUAACUUCUUCUUUAAGAGGCUCCUCUGUCCUCCACUCGUUACCUGUAUUAAUGGCACCUGUUUGAACUUGCUAUCAGUAUAAAAGACACCUGUCCACAACCUCAAACAGUCACACUCCAAACUCCACUAUGGCCAAGACCAAAGAGCUGUCAAAGGACACCAGAAACAAAAUUGUAGACCUGCACCGGGCUGGGAAGACUGAAUCUGCAAUAGGUAAGCAGCUUGGUUUGAAGAAAUCAACUGUGGGAGCAAUUAUUAGGAAAUGGAAGACAUACAAGACCACUGAUAAUCUCCCUCGAUCUGGGGCUCCACGCAAGAUCUCACCCUGUGAAGUCAAAAUGAUCACAAGAACGGUGAGCAAAAAUCCCAGAACCACACGGGGGGACCUAGUGAAUGACCUGCAGAGAGCUGGGACCAAAGUAACAAAGCCUACCAUCAGUAACACACUACGCCGCCAGGGACUCAAAUCCUGCAGUGCCAGACGUGUCCCCCUGCUUAAGCCAGUACAUGUCCAGGCCCGUCUGAAGUUUGCUAGAGUGCAUUUGGAUGAUCCAGAAGAGGAUUGGGAGAAUGUCAUAUGGUCAGAUGAAACCAAAAUAGAACUUUUUGGUAAAAACUCAACUCGUCGUGUUUGGAGGACAAAGAAUGCUGAGUUGCAUCCAAAGAACACCAUACCUACUGUGAAGCAUGGGGGUGGAAACAUCAUGCUUUGGGGCUGUUUUUCUGCAAAGGGACCAGGACGACUGAUCCGUGUAAAGCAAAAAAUGAAUGGGGCCAUGUAUCGUGAGAUUUUGAGUGAAAACCUCCUUCCAUAUGCAAGGGCAUUGAAGAUGAAACGUGGCUGGGUCUUUCAGCAUGACAAUGAUCCCAAACACACCGCCCGGGCAACGAAGGAGUGGCUUCGUAAGAAGCAUUUCAAGGUCCUGGAGUGGCCUAGCCAGUCUCCAGAUCUCAACCCCAAAGUCCGUGUUGCCCAGCGACAGCCCUAAAACAUCACUGCUCUAGAGGAGAUCUGCAUGGAGGAAUGGGCCAAAAUACCAGCAACAGUGUGUGAAUACCUUGUGAAGACUUACAGAAAACGUUUGACCUGUGUCAUUGCCAACAAAGGGUAUAUAACAAAGUAUUGAGAAACUUUUGUUAUUGACCAAAUACUUAUUUUCCACCAUAAUUUGCAAAUAAAUUCAUAAAAAAUCCUACAAUGUGAUUUUCUUGAUUUUUUUUUCUAAUUUUGUCUGUCAUAGUUGACGUGUACCUAUGAUGAAAAUUACAGGCCUCUCUCAUCUUUUUAAGUGGGAGAACUUGCACAAUUGGUGGUUAACUAAAUACUUUUUCCCCCCACUGUAUAUCUGGAAACAUGUUGUAUAUCUGGAGACAUGCUGUAUAUCUGGAAACAUGUUGUAUAUCUGGAAACAUGUUGUAUAUCUGGAAACAUGCUGUAUAUCUGGAAACAUGUUGUAUAUCUGGAAACAUGCUGUAUAUCUGGAAACAUGCUGUAUAUCUGGAAACAUGCUGUAUAUCUGGAAACAUGCUGUAUAUCUGGAAACAUGUUGUAUAUCUGGAAACAUGCUGUAUAUCUGGAAACAUGCUGUAUAUCUGGAAACAUGCUGUAUAUCUGGAAACAUGCUGUAUAUCUGGAAACAUGCUGUAUAUCUGGAAACGUGCUGUAUAUCUGGAAACGUGCUGUAUAUCUAGAAACAUGCUGUAUAUCUGGAAACAUGCUGCAUAUCUGAGGAAUCUCUUUGUUUUUGGUUUGUCAAUUUACUUGAUGAUCUCUUUCUGGAAACAUGCUGUAUAUAUGGAAACAUGCUGUAUAUGUGGAAAUGUGCUGUAUAUGUGGAAAUGUGCUGUAUAUUUGGAAACAUGCUGUAUAUCUGGAAACAUGCUGUAUAUCUGGAAACAUGUUGUAUAUCUGAGGAAUCUCUGUGGUUUGUCAAUUUACUUAAUGAUCUCCUUCUAGAAACCUGCUGUAUAUCUAGAAAAAAUUUGUAUAUCUGGAAACAUGCUGUAUAUCUGGAAACAUGCUGUAUAUCUGGAAACAUGUUGUAUAUCUGAGGAAUAUCUGUGGUUUGUCAAUUUACUUAAUGAUCUCCUUCUAGAAACCUGCUGUAUAUCUAGACAUUUUUUGUAUAUCUGGAAACAUGCUGUAUAUCUGGAAACAUGCUGUAUAUCUGGAAACAUGCUGUAUAUCUGGAAACAUGCUGUAUAUCUGGAAACAUGCAGUAUAUCUAGAGACAUGCUGUAUAUCUGAGGUGUCUCUGUGGUUUGUCAAUUUACUUAAUGAUCUCCUUCUAGAAACCUGCUGCAUAUCUAGAAAAAUGUUGUAUAUCUGGAAACAUGCUGUAUAUCUGGAAACAUGCUGUAUAUCUGGAAACAUGCUGUAUAUCUGGAAACAUGCUGUAUAUCUGGAAACAUGCUGUAUAUCUGGAAACAUGCUGUAUAUCUGGAGAAAUGCUGUAUAUCUGAGGUGUCUCUGUGUUGAGGCUUCAAAUCUAACUAGAGAAUUCACAUGUAUUAGUAUUAAUGGGGCUGUGGGUGACACCACUACAUACAGGUAUAAUGCGUUAUGAAACGGUUCUAAUACAUUGUAAGACUUGUCAUAAAUAUGUAUGACCCUAAAAAUGUCUUAUUACCAUCUUAUAAUGUCUUAUUACCAUCUUAUUAUGUCUUAUUACCAUCUUAUGUCUUAUUACCAUCGUAUAAUAUCUUAUUACCAUCUUAUAAUGUCUUAUUACCAUCUUAUGGUGUGUUUGUUAUUCACCCGGGUCUGAUGGACCCACAACAUUUUGGGUUUUUUAAAACAAUACAGCCAUAACAAUUUACGUAAAAAUACUUAAUACUUAGAUGUUGACUUAUAUCAAUUACAAGCAAUAUAGACAGCAUACAUGGUUAAUAUUUGCCAUUUACCUCUGCUAGAUCUCAUUUAUCAAUAAAAGCGCUAUUCAUUUUUUUGGGAUCAAAUUUACCCCAAUAUAGUCAAGACAUGGGUGGAAUAAAUCAUGUUUAUCUUGAACAAAUAUAAAUGAAACAAGGUUUUCAUGGAUAUUUAUGUUUAUUGCUUUGAACUGAACAAAUUGGAAGGACAGAUUUUACAUACAGUAUUUUAUGGAAAUGAUAAAUGAGCCCCAUUGAACACAAAUUAAGGCCAGUCUACACCACAUGUGGGACAGAGUUUUACUGUGUGUGUGUGUUGAAAAUGUAUUUCUUGCACUUGAUGCAUGUGUACUGUGUCUUCCUGUCCUUCUCGGGUCCAAACACAUCACAGCGCUUCUUCUUGUUGCUACCGGCUGCAAUCUAGAAUGAAUUUAGCUAACAUCACUCACUCACACACUCACACACUCACUCACACAUUCACUCAUUCACUCACUCACUCACUCACUCACUCACACAUUCACUCAUUCACUCACUCACUCACUCACAUACAGUGGGGAUAACAAGUAUUUGAUACACUGCCGAUUUUGCAGGUUUUCCUACUUACAAAGCAUGUAGAGGUCUGUAAUUUUUUAUCAUAGGUACACUUCAACUGUGAGAGACGGAAUCUAAAACAAAAAUCCAGAAAAUCACAUUGUAUGAUUUUUAAGUAAUUAAUUUGCAUUUUAUUGCAUGACAUAAGUAUUUGAUACAUCAGAAAAGCAGAACUUAAUAUUUGGUACAGAAACCUUUGUUUGCAAUUACCGAGAUCAUACGUUUCCUGUAGAUCUUGACCAGGUUUGCACACACUGCAGCAGGGAUUUUGGCCCACUCCUCCAUACAGACCUUCUCCAGAUCCUUCAGGUUUCGGGGCUGUCGCUGGGCAAUACGGACUUUCAGCUCCCUCCAAAGACUUUCUAUUGGGUUCAGGUCUGGAGACUGGCUAGGCCACUCCAGGACCUUGAGAUGCUUCUUACGGAGCCACUCCUUAGUUGCCCUGGCUGUGUGUUUCGGGUCGUUGUCAUGCUGGAAGACCCAGCCACGACCCAUCUUCAAUGCUCUUACUGAGGGAAGGAGGUUGUUGGCCAAGAUCUUGUGAUACAUGGCCCCAUCCAUCCUCCCCUCAAUACGGUGCAGUCGUCCUGUCCCCUUUGCAGAAAAGCAUCCCCAAAGAAUGAUGUUUCCACCUCCAUGCUUCACGGUUGGGAUGGUGUUCUUGGGGUUGUACUCAUCCUUCUUCUUCCUCCAAACACGGCGAGUAGAGUUUAGACCAAAAAGCUGUAUUCUUGUCUCAUCAGACCACAUGACCUUCUCCCAUUCCUCCUCUGGAUCAUCCAGAUGGUCAUUGGCAAACUUCCGACGGGCCUGGACAUGCGCUGGCUUGAGCAGGGGGACCUUGCGUGCGCUGCAGGAUUUUAAUCCAUGACGGCGUAGUGUGUUACUAAUGGUUUUCUUUGAGACUGUGGUCCCAGCUCUCUUCAGGUCAUUGACCAGGUCCUACCGUGUAGUUCUGGGCUGAUCCCUCACCUUCCUCAUGAUCAUUGAUGCCCCACGAGGUGAGAUCUUGCAUGGAGCCCCAGACCGAGGGUGAUUGACCGUCAUCUUGAACUUCUUCCAUUUUCUAAUAAUUGCGCCAACAGUUGUUGCCUUCUCACCAAGCUGCUUGCCUUUUGUCCUGUAGCCCAUCCCAGCCUUGUGCAGGUCUACAAUUUUAUCCCUGAUGUCCUUACACAGCUCUCUGGUCUUGGCCAUUGUAGAGAGGUUGGAGUCUGUUUGAGUGUGUGGACAGGUGUCUUUUAUACAGGUAACGAGUUCAAACAGGUGCAGUUAAUACAGGUAAUGAGUGGAGAACAGGAGGGCUUCUUAAAGAAAAACUAACAGGUCUGUGAGAGCCAGAAUUCUUACUGGUUGGUAGGUGAUCAAAUACUUAUGUCAUGCAAUAAAAUGCAAAUUAAUUACUUAAAAAUCAUACAAUGUGAUUUUCUGGAUUUUUUUAGGAAAACCUGCAAAAUCGGCAGUGUAUCAAAUACUUGUUCUCCCCACUGUAUAUAGUUACAGCAGGCCAAGGUAGGAGAGUCAGACACACACACAACAACAUCACUCACACUUACUUCCGGGUUUAGAGUUGUUGGUUCUGUGGGUCGGGCGGAUGGGGCGCCAGCAUCCUCCUCCUGAAUCCUCCUCACGAUGGCUGCAGUAGCUGGGGUCCUUGGGAUAUGUUGCCUCCUCUGGAUUUGAGGUCUUACCAGUGCCUUGCCCAGCUCCUCGAGAAAAAGCCGUCUCCUCUGGAGCUUCCCCCUGUUCCAACCUGAGUUCAACGCCAUCCAGAUGACAAAACGCGGUGUACGCCGAGAUGUCCAAGAUGUUGAAGAAUAUCACAAGUGGCCAGCGUAGGUUUCUUCUUUUGCAGCUGUAGCCAGCUUGUCUAAAUUGUCCACCCCUCGUUUUUUAGGCAUUGUAAUCCAUUAUGAUUUCUGGUUUUUGAUGUUCCACAGAUUCUCCCAUCCCUAUGCAGCGUACUCAUGAGUACCACAUCUUUGCCCUUCUUUGGCACGUAGGACACUAGGGACGUGUCGGCCGUGAACACCAACUUAGAGGACUUGACAGGCCUGUUCCGUGUAUUCAACAGCUUGAGGUGGGAGCUCUGGCUUGUUAAUUAGUUCUGUUCCUACCAUCGUCAGCUUCCUCUUGAGGAGCUCCUGUCUCAGCUUGUGCGAAGUAAAAAAAAGUUAUCGCAUGUGAUGUUGUGGCCACGGAGUCCCUGUGUCACGUCCAGGACAACCCGCAUCCCUUGGUUCUUCUCAGGGGCUCCUCCAUCUGGCUUCCCCGUAUACACUUGCAAGUUCCCCGCAUCUGAUGAAGCAGCAGCAUCACAGGCAGCCCAGAUCUUGAUUCCAUAUUUUGCGUGUUUAGACGGUAUGUGCUGCCUGAAGGGGCAGGCCUAAAUGGCAUAAGCUUCUCAUCAACAGUAACGUUGGGCCCAGGGUUGUAAAACAGGGGAAGGCGGUCCAGAGACAUGAUCCUCAUAUUCUGAAAAUUCUUCCAUCUUCCAAAGUGGAAGACGCUCCUUCCACACAAGCUUCUCUCUCUGCCCAAAAAAAUUCUAAGGCCCUCUGAGCAGAGAUUAUUUUCUCCAUACUGAUUGAUUGUGGUAAAGAGCCACACCUGCAAAGCUAUUUAUUUGUUGUGUCCCUCCCCCAAUUUGCACCUGGCUGGGGUAGAGUGUGGGAAAAUACAUACACAUAUAUAUUUUUUUACAAUGUAUCGAAAUAAUGUAUUGAAAUAACAUUGUGCAGGUUUCCGCAAGACAUUGUGAGGUUUCACACACUACAAAGGGUAAAGAGUGCGAGAAAAGCAGGAGACAGGCAGGCAGGGAGAAGGGCAGGGAGACAGGCAGGGAGACAGGCAGGCAGACAGACAGGCAGGGAGACAGACAGACAGGCAGGGAGACAGGCAGGGAGACAGGCAGGCAGGCAGGCAGGGAGACAGACAGGGAGACAGACAGACAGGGAGACAGACAGACAGACAGACAGACAGACAGACAGGGAGACGGGCAGGCAGGAAGACAGGCAGGGAGACAGACAGGGAGACAGGCAGGGAGACAGGCAGGGAGACAGGCAGGGAGACAGACAGGGAGACAGGCAGGGAGACAGACAGGCAGGGAGACAGGCAGGGAGACAGACAGACAGGGAGACAGGCAGGCAGGGAGACAGGCAGGCAGGGAGACAGGCAGGGAGACAGGGAGACAGGCAGACAGACAGGGAGACAGGCAGGCAGGGAGACAGGCAGGGAGACAGGCAGGGAGACGGACAGGGAGACGGACAGGGAGACGGACAGGCAGGGAGACAAGCAGGCAGGCAGGGAGACAGACAGGCAGGCAGGGAGACAGACAGACAGGCAGGGAGACAGGCAGACAGACAGGCAGGGAGACAGGCAGACAGGCAGGGAGACAGGUUCUUGGUGCUAUGUUGAAACAGCAGGGAGGAGGAAGGCAAAGAGCAAACCUUUUUGUUUCAUUUUUACUUGUUUUCACCUACACACUUUUCCACCCUUUUAUUACCCUCGGGUACGAUGGACCCGAACACCACAUAUGGAAUAUAAAUGUGUAGGGGGUGCACAGUGUGCCCUCAAUUAAAAUGUGUUAUUUUACAUAUUUUACAAUGAGCCAAGGCCAAUGAGUCUCAGGUUGAAAAAAUGAUUCAUUGCAUCGUUUUUCUUUUAGUAAACAUUGAAAAUGGGUCCCACAAACCCGAACACCACACAAGGGUUAAUAUCUUAUUACCAUCUUGUAAUGUCUUAGUAACAUCUUAUGUCUUAGUACCAUCUUAAUGUCUUAUUACCGUCUUAUAAUGUCUUGUUACCAUGUUAUAAUGUCUUGUUACCAUCUUAUAAUGUCUUGUUACCAUCUUAUAAUGAUCCUGACUAAAUGGAGUGCCACUUGUUUCUUCCAGAGAGUGGGCGGGUCUUCACCUGGGGCAGAAGCAAUUACGGACAGCUGGGAAGGACAGAAUCAACCAAUCAGAGUGCAGAUCAGCGAUCAGGUGGUGCGUCGACGGGAGCUGCCAGCCAAUGGGCACGUGUCCCUGCGGAAGUCAAGGUCCUCUGUGGAGCCAGAC